UCCCCGUGCGUAGGUGCCGAGUGCUCUGGAGCUGGUGUGCGUGGGAGGCACCGUGUCUGGAGACGGUCCGUGAGCUGUGACGACCUUGACCACCGUCCGAUACGAAUUAAUUUGGGUGCUGUGGCCUGUGAUGACGCAUUUCCCGGCAAAAUUCCAGAAUCCGCAGAAAACGUUUGCUGUAAGUAAUCAGUGGGCAGUUACCAGCUGAAUACCUUUAUUCAUGGCGUCUGAGCGGCCUGGCCUCACUGGUGAGACUCCGACACCGCCCGAUGGCGCCGGGGCGGCAGCGGCUGCCGACUGCUACUCCCUGACCGAGGUCGUCACCACCUCACAGCUCCUGGAAGACCUGGGAGGUUACGUCAUCACGCUAUGGGUUGUCGUCGGUCUAGAGGUGUUGUUUCUGUACGGUCUUCUGGCCAAGACGCUGUGGAGCGUGUACCACAAUGAGCGACUGCCCAAGCUCUGGCGGUCUGGAACCGUCUGGGCUAACUCAGUGCCCUCCUUUGUUGCUUUGAUGUGCCUCGGAAGCCUGAUUGUCCCGGCAUCCGACAGGCUUUUACGUGCGGUAAGGCUCAUAUAUCUGAGUGUUUCCCUGUCCAAGUUCGUCGAGCUGUGCCUGCUGUACUUUGGCGGCGAGUCGCGACUGCUGGCUGCCGUGGAGGGCAGCGCCGUUCCCCUGGCUGUUCCCCCGUGCUGCUGCUGCUGCCGUCCCUGCUGUCCGAGACCCACAAUCACAAAACGUAGCAUACGGGUGAUGAAGGUGCUCGUCUACCAGUUGCCUUUCAGUGUCAGCGGAUAUUUCUUCUUCUCACUUUACCUGUACUCAGCAGGAAUGCAAAAUGUUGGAGAGGCAUCUGGCGGUCCAGGAUACGUGAUUCUUAUGGCACUGCAUGCCGUGGCGUUUCUCCUUGGCAUGUACGGCCUGAUCAUGCUUGAGACAACCACGAAAGGACAACUGCAGAGCCUUCGCUAUCGGGCAAAGUUCGCGCUAAUGAAAUUCACCGUGGUGAUCAUCAACAUCCAAAAGUUUAUCUUUAGCAUCGUCAUAUCCACCGGUGGCUUUACAUGUACUGCUUCAAUGUCGCCAGAGGUCUACGGCGCGUUUAUCCUCAACAUUGUGAUCGCCGCCGAGAUGCUGCUGUUUGGCGUGCUCAACCACUGGGCCUACCAGGCGGACGGCAGGUCGGCUGACGACCUCACCGCGGCCGACCUGACCCCCUCCGGCAGCCCUGCCGACCGCGCCGACACUCCAACGUCACAGCAGACAUGGACGUCAACGGCGCAACGCGAGAACGUCGGCGCAAAAACGACCAACGGAUUCAGUGGAGCGUAGGCUGUGCCGCAAUGACUGUUACAUAACAGUGUUAUUAUGCUUCGCCUUCUUCGUUUCGGGUGACAAUGAGAUAAACAAAAUUAAACCAAAUGUUUCGGCUGUAUUGAUUGACUUUCUGUACUGGUUUAAAAAGGACAAUAAUAGAAAAAGAUGUCUGAGAAAUAUGAGGAAUAACAGUAUGUCGCCUUUUUAGUGGUAUUGGGUAUACAUACACUGUUUAGUGGAUACAUUGUUAGGUAGAACUCUACUCCCAACGACAUCGUCAUGUUUCAACCAACACAUUGCACUUAAUUAAUGCAUAUGUUCGCAUAGGCACCAGCCACCAGGUACUCAAGGUAGGCAACCCGCAUUGCACUCUGCGUGCAAUGCGCGUACCGGAGCGCCUUAGCCUUCGCAGAAUUCGAACAACUACCAUAAGGACAGUGCUUUGCGUUGCAGCCUCUGAAUAAUAUGGAGAACAUUUGGCUGCAAAUGAGAGCAUUAGGUGCCGAAAUAAACACAACUGCUUGAAUGGUCUAUCUGUAGUUAUAGUUUGCAAAGUAGUGUCUAUUUAAGCCGUCCAUCUGCUUUGUACCGAGUGUUUCAGCUCAAUUUCGAUAGUGCCCCUGGCCCAGGGCUGCGGAGUCGGGGUCGG